CUGGCACUCGGUGCGCUGAGCGCCCAGAGAUCUGUUAUGGAAGUGGGCACCGACCCGGAGGAACAAUAUUCGGAAGGGAGUUUUAAAUAGGGUUGCAAAGACACAAUGAAGUUCGGCAAGAGCAUUUGCGUACUCAAUGUGGGGGGAACCCGAUACGCCUUCACCCGCGAGGUGAUCCGGGAUUUCCCUCUCCGCCGCGUGAGCCGCUUGCAUGCGUGCGCCUCGGAGAAAGAGGUCCUCGAACUCUGCGACGAUUACGACCGAGACCGGAACGAGUUUUUCUUCGAUCGCCACGCACAGGCGUUCAUGUUCAUCAUGCUCUACGUGCGCUCCGGUAAACUUCGCUUUGUUCCCGGAGUGUGCGAGCUCUCUUUCUACACGGAGAUGCUUUACUGGGGUUUGGAGAGCGCACACUUGGACUUCUGCUGUCAGAAACGCCUGGACGACAGGAUGUCCGAGAUCGGUUUGGACACCCUGUCCGAGGGAGAACUCCCACUUUCGGGAGACGACACCCAGAACGCGGCCGAGCCCGGGGAUGGAGAGGUGGCCUCGGGCCGCGCCAAAUGGUUGGAGAGGGUGCGUAAAACAUUCGAGGAGCCCAAUUCCUCUGUCGUGGCGCAGUUACUGGCCUCUGUGUCCGUCAUCUUCGUGAUCAUCUCUAUGGUAAUGCUGUGCGCAAGCACCCUACCGGACUGGAAAACAGCCAAGAGGAACACCGUGGAGGAGCACAGGAUAGUGGAGGCUGUAUGUAUCGGCUGGUUUACAGCAGAGUGCAUGGUGCGUUUCCUGGUGGCCAAAGACAAAUGGGACUUCCUCCGUAGGCCAUUAAACGUCAUCGAUGUGGUUGCCAUCACCCCCUACUAUGUCACCAUGGCGAUGGCUGGAGCAGGGCUGCCGGGUGCUGGGCUGGGGGCCGCCGGAGUGACUCUGCGGGUGCUGAGGAUGAUGCGUGUGUUUUGGUUGAUGAAGCUGGCCAGACACUUCAUGGGCCUGCAAACCUUGGGGCUGACACUGAGACGCUGCUACCGGGAGAUGGUCAUGCUGCUGGUGUUUGUCUUUGUUGCCAUGGCGAUAUACAGUGCUCUGGCCCAGCUGCUGGAGCACGGCCUUGACUUGGGCACGCGUAACCACGAUUAUGCCAGCAUCCCGGCCGCCGCCUGGUGGGUCAUCAUUUCCAUGACGACGGUGGGGUACGGAGAUGUGUACCCUGUGACAAUCGGGGGACGGGUACUGGGGGGCGUUUGUGUGGUGAGUGGAAUUGUCCUCCUGGCCCUGCCCAUCACUUUCAUCUACCACAGUUUUGUACAGUGCUACCAUGAGCUCAAGCUCCGUUCUGCAAGAUGCACUCGCAGCCUGUCGGUGGAUAUACUGCAGUAA